CUUCUCCUCAGCCUCCCCGCCCUGGCCUUCGCUUCCAGCCUGCCCCACUGCUGGGAGCCCCCGCGGAGCCCAGCCAAGGGAGCGGAGCCUGCCCUCCGGCCCCGCUGCAGCGCAGGGCGGCACGGCCAGCCAGACAGACAGGGAGCAAUUAAACCCUCCCCUGGCCAGCCCCCGACACUCCCUCCUGCAUUUUCCAGUCUGUGGUUACGGCGCUCAAAGGGUUCCAUUAAGUCACCAAGUUUUACAGGUUCCUUAAAAAAAAAGAAAAAAGAAAAAAAAAAAAAGAGGGGGGUGGGGGGAGGUGAGGGGGAGUGCGCGAGAGAAAAGUUUGGUCACGGCAGGGAAUGUGUGAUCAAAGCUGAGCCCAGGCUUCCUGUUACACCGGGACUAUAUAUAUAUCGUGUCUUUAAUGUUGGGAAUGUGAGCAGCUGCUGGAGCCUGGCGCUGGCUCUGCCUGAUUCCCAGCGCGCUGAGGUUUCUUCCACCGACCACAAUGAACAAGUUCCUGUGCUGCACGCUUGUGCUCUUGGACAUUUCUGUCAAAUGGACCUUCCAGGAUGAUUCUCCCCCCAAGUACCUCCAUUACGACCCAGAGACAUCUCGGCAGCUGCUGUGUGACCAGUGUCCUCCGGGGAGCUACGUGAAGCGGCACUGCAGCGCUAGCAGCCCGACGCAGUGCGCCCCGUGCCCGGCUCAGUACUACGCCGACGAGUGGAACAGCAACGAGGAGUGCCAGUACUGCAGCACCGUGUGCAAGGAGCUGCAGCUCGUCAGGCAGGAGUGCUCCAGCACGCAGAACCGCGUCUGCGAGUGCGUCCCGGGCAGGUACCUGGAGCUCGAGUUCUGCUUGAGGCACACGGAGUGUCCGCCCGGCUCCGGGGUUGCCCAGGCAGGUACCCCUGAGAGUGACACUGUAUGUGAGAGAUGUCCAGAGGGAUUUUUCUCGAAUGAAACCUCCUCCAAAGCAGCCUGUCUUAAACACACAAACUGUAGUGCCCUGGGUUUCAAAAUAGCUUUGAAAGGAAAUGAGGUUCGUGACAACAUCUGUCAGGAAAAUACAGAUACGACACCUCAAAAAUGUGGAAUAGAUGUAACCCUGUGUGAGGAGGCUAUGUUCAGGUUUGCUGUUCCUACUCAUGUCACACCUAACUGGCUGAACAUACUAGCAGACAGCUUGCCUGGGACAAAGGUUAGCACAGAAAAUAUUGAAAGGAUUAAACAAAGGCACAGCCCUCAAGAGCAGACCUUCCAUCUUUUGAAACUGUGGAAGCAGCAAAACAAAGAACAGGAUAUGGUCAAGAAGAUUAUCCAAGAUAUCGGUCAUUGUGAAAACAGUGUCUUAAAGCACGUUGGCCACCUGAACCUCACCUUUGAACAUCUCAACACGCUGAUGGCAAGCCUGCCAGGCAAGAAAGUGGGAAAAGAAGAUGUUGAGCGCACAAUGAAACUAUGUCAAUCCACAGAGCAAGUUCUGAAGCUUCUCAAUCUGUGGAGAAUAAAGAAUGGUGACCAAGACACCAUUAAAGGUUUAAUGUAUGGACUGAAGCACUUGAAAAUGUACCACUUUCCAAAACGAACCAUCCAAAGCCUGAAGAAGGUGAUAAAGUUUCUUCACAGAUUUACAAUGUAUAGAUUAUACCAGAAACUCUUUUUAGAAAUGGUAGGGAACCAACUUAAAUCUGUGAAAGUAAGAUGUGUCUAAUUCAAGAUACGUUUCUAUCUCCACUGACUAUUCUUCCCUAAUUACUGCCAGCAGUAAUUAAACUGGAACGUUAUUUCCCUACAUUUUGAUUUACUAUUUAUAGAAAUGCCUGACUGGAAUAGUUCUAAGUCUCCUGCAGUGGUUUUGAAGGGGUUUUUUUUGCUGGUUUUUUUUUUUUUUUCUUUAAUAAAAAUCACUUUUGUAAAAGCUAUUAACCCAAUGGUAACGCUAAGGGCCUGAUUCUGCAGUUUUGCACAUUCAGAGCUGAAAAGUCCCACUAUAGUCACUAGAUGAGAAAGGAAUGCCAGACCAGGCUCUACUCCAGUAUUUGCUAUUUAUAUUCUUCAAGGAAUAAACAUUUUUGUUGUACAUAUUUAUUAAGUUAAAUGGAUAUGAGACUGAAUUUUAGGAAGAGAAUUGGAAAGCACAGUGUAUAUUUUCUAGCUAAACAAAUAUGAUUCCAUAUAUUUUUCUGGCAAAAUUUUGUAGCAUGCCCUAAGAGUUAUUAAUUUCUUUACAUUUUGUAUUUAAAAAAUGUAUUAUUGCUUAGUAUUAUUUGUAUAAGUUGUGGUAUCUUUUGGUAAGGAUGUUUUAAUUUAUCCAAUGAUUUUAACUCAAAUACAGUGAAAAUAUAGCUCAAGUGACCUGAAUAUUUAAAUAUUCUGUGAGGAAGUGAAUGUACCAUAUUUAAGAAGCUGGAUUUUUAUAUAGAAUUUCAUAAUCUUAUUUUAUAAAACAAUUAAAUUUUUCAGUUUAG